AUGGGGCUGCGGCUCCUGAGCGCGGCGUUGCUGCUCGUGGGCAGCUCGCUCCUGUGCUCAGAACUCUACUCGCUGUCGGAAAAGAGCGGGCGAGGACCUGCUCGGGAACAGGCCGGCAGCCCCCGGGAGCCCGGGACCCCCCUGAGCACGGGGAAGACUGAGUCCGCUCAGAGCUGGGUGGAGUCGGUCCCAAAGGGCAACUGUGGAAUAGCACCGCUUACGAAUGUGUUGAAAGGGUCUCGGAUUAUAGGGGGCACAGAAGCUCAAGUUGGCUCAUGGCCAUGGAUCGUUAGCCUGCAGAUUCAGUCUGGCAACACUCUUGUUCACAUAUGUGGAGGUAGCAUAGUAAAAGAAAGGUGGGUCCUCACAGCGGCUCACUGCAUUAAAGACUCUAGUGAUCCUUUGAUGUGGAGAGUUGUGAUCGGAACUAAUAAUAUAGGUGGGAAACAGACACACAACAAGAAGGUGAAAGUUAAAGCCAUCAUUAUCCAUCCAGACUUCAAUUUGCAAUCUUACUUCAGUGAUAUAGCUCUUUUUCAUUUAAAAAAAGCAGUGCGAUAUAAUGACUAUAUCCAGCCAAUUUGUCUGCCAUUUGAUGUCUUCCAAAACCUGAACCAAAGCACAAAGUGUUUUAUAAGUGGCUGGGGAAGAACAAAAGAAGAAGGUAAUGUUACAAAUACGUUACAGGUAGCAGAAGUGCAUUAUAUUUCUCGAAACAUUUGUAAUUCUGAGAAGAGUUAUGGGGGAAUAAUUCCUCACACUUCAUUCUGUGCAGGUGAUGAAGAAGGAUCUUUUGACACUUGUAGGGGUGAUAGUGGUGGACCAUUAAUGUGCUACUUACCAGAACAUAACCGAUUUUUUGUGAUGGGAAUAACCAGUUACGGACACGGCUGUGGUCGAAAAAAUUUCCCUGGCGUGUAUAGCGGGCCAUCCUUCCACCAGAAGUGGCUGACAGAUCACCUCAAGCUGGAGAGCAAUGGCAUAGCUGACAUACAUGUGCUGCUUGGACAGGUCCUCGUGUUCUUAGGUUCUGUUGUCUUACUAACUCCAUAA